AUGCUAUAUCUCUCAUUAUGAUGGCAAUGCAGAGUUUUAUGCACUACUAUACAAAAGAGAUUUGUGAUAUUUUCUUCUAUUUCGCCAAUAAGAACUGUAAAUAACUCUUUAGCAUCAUGGUUUUUUUUUAUAUGAAACUAUUUAAAAAUUACAUCUUUAAAGGUUUUGUUUAAGCUGGAAAUUAAAGUUCUCAAGGGAUUCUCUAUGCCUUGAGUGGUGUUCAUAAUAGACAGAACAGCAAAUAAUUGUGGAAUUGGGGGGGUUCUAGAUAAUUGAAUCAAUGACGCGAACCCUUCUGUUCAUUUUAGGAUAUGAACUUGCCGAAAUGAGUUUGGGGGCUUUUUUAUUAAUCCUAAUUGACUCUAUUAUUUAUUUAUUAAAUAGUAUUCUUCUCAGGUUCUGAUGAGGAAGAAGAAACUAA